UGUCAAAUUUGGACCAGACUGUUUGUAUUUAUAAAAAUUUCAUUGUAGUAUUUUGUAAUCCAGAAAGUCGUUUUCGAAAAUAUUUAAUAAAUUGUUGUGCGUGUGCACGUCUGCAAAUCCGCAAUUAAAUUAAGAGCUACAUUAGUUCAUCCAUUGCAAGUAAGAAUAUGGCGCUCCGUAUAAUAACUGCAAAUAACAUGCGAAAUUCACUUCUUAAAAUCAAUUCAAAGAUAUCAUUUGACAAACGAUCUCGUGCUGGACACACAAGCUCUGCGCGUGAACCGCCAGUUCCCUGGUUGGAUAAACCAAGUCCUAUAUUCUCAGCGAAAGCACUGAAACAUCAAUGGGGGGCAUUACCCAUCAUAUUUAUAACUGCACUUGGUGUUACAUUAGAAUUUCUUGCCGUUGCUCGUCUGGCCAUAACACGUGAUGAUGUCUAUUAUACAUUAAAGUCUGCAGCAUGCGAAUUAAUUGAAACUCGCAAAGGGUAUAAGGUCCCAAUACGUAAGUUUCUUGUAUUCAAUCAGAAAUACGAAUAUCCUCCCGGUCUCCUUUAUGCACUGCAAGGUGAUCCCAAUGGCCCUUCAAUCGACAAAGGCGAAAAUGGAGUUAGCAAAAAGACAAUUGCUGCACAUGCAAUAUCUAGCCUUGGAGUUUUGUACUUGGCUGCGUUUAUUUAAUAUUUCAUCCACAAGAGAUGCGUCAAGUUCUGGGUGGAAGCUAAUUUCAUACAAUGAUUACAUAAAUUCAAACUCGCAGGCGAAGAUAAAUAAUAUUUCAUGAGCGUGUGCAUGAUCCUUAACAUAAGCAAAAGCAGAGCAAGGAUGAACAUGAACAUGAAAAUGCACAUUCUUAUGGUCAUGAGCAUGCUGUUAUUUCCGUUAUAGCUUUAAGAGGAGCAGUUAUGUAGAAUCUUAUCUAAACGGUUAUUAUCUGGCGACAAUCAUAAGAAAUGAUAAUGUACAUCAAUCCCUAGCUGACCAUUUGUCCCUCAUAGCACAGAAGUCAUAAUUCAUCAGAUGAAAAUAACGAGCGACUCAGUGUGCAAAUGAUGAUGCCAGUCGAAAAAUACAUUUAAAAAGUAGUUCAGACUUAAACGCAUGUACGUCGUGUAUUCAACUCUGAUUUACUGCAUGCUUUGAAACUAAUACACCAAAUAUUGUAAUGUAAACAAAUAAUAAAUUAAAAGUAUAAAUAUAUAGUUGCUAAACCAAAGAGAA